UAUACCAACCGGUCACAUCGUAUCUCAUGGUGGUCAAACAACUUUCCUUGAGCUCAAGCAGUAGAGACCUCCAUUAUCUUCUCUUCUGUUAAUAAUUAAUAAUACAAAAAAAAAAGGGGGCGGGUCUUUGUUCUUAAGACAAAUACGGUUUGCUCCUUCUUGUGAAGUGAAUAGAUAGCUUCAUGGAUGAUGGUCUUGGGAAGAUAAAGAUUGUCCCAGAUCACUUUCAAGUUUCAACUUCUAGUGAAGACACUCCUCAAAGGAAUACUUUAUCUAAUCUGCAGCCUAGAAUCGAAAAUUUACCCAGGUCCAGAAGCCGUUUCUGGGCUGGAAGAAAGCUAAAGAGUGCUGCACUCAUGUUGAAUUUGUUUAGCUUACGGGGAUUCCCAUGGGGUUCUGCGAAUGGUCAGGAAAAGGUUGAGUUGACUGUGGCAGAGCUGGAAUCCCUUCGAUCAGAACUUGCUGAUAUAGAAGAGAGGGAAGCUCACUUGAAAGCACAGUUGGAACAUGUUGAUGAAAUUCUGCGCUCUGCUCGCUUCUCUGGCUACUUGUAUAUUCGCAGUAGGUGGACAGCUUUACCUGGAGAACCUCCCCCAAUUGAUGAUACUGAUGUUGAUGAUUGGCUUCCUCGCUUUGUUGUCCUUCAUGGGCCUUGCAUCUUCUUUUAUUUGUUGUCCACGGAUUUGAGUCCUCAGGAUUCCACUCUGCUGUCUGAUAUUGUUGAAGUGGGUUCUUUGCCAAGCUUUACACGAGAAGAUGAUGAGCCAUGGUAUUCCUUUUAUAUCUUAACUCGCCAUGGGCUGCGGUAUGAGUGCUCAAGUAUUUCUAAAAUACAGGUGGGUUCAUGGUUAACAGCAUUACAAGCCAACUUCAAGCCUGAUUCUGAUACAAAAAUUAUCAGAUCUGCUUCUAGAGCUGCCAGGUCCCUUCUUUCUGCUUCCAAGACCUCGUCUUGUUUCUACUCUGAAGGACGAGCUGUAGCUGCAGCAGUUUCAUUAAGUGGAAAGGCUUCUUUCUUAGCUUCAGCUUUUCGGAAGACUGGUUCUUCAACUGUUUCUGCACAAUGGAUUUCAGGAGCCCUUGCAAUUCCUGCUGCAGUUUACAUGCUCCAGGAGCAGGAAGCACAUGCUGCAGAGAUGGAGCGCACUUUCAUUGCAAUCAAGCCUGAUGGAGUGCAGAGAGGACUGAUUGCAGAAAUCGUUGCUCGUUUUGAGCGUAAAGGGUUCAAGCUUGUAGGAAUUAAAGUUGUGGUUCCUUCAAAGGAAUUUGCUCAGAAGCAUUAUCAUGAUCUGAAGGAAAGACCCUUCUUUAGCGGUCUCUGUGACUUCCUUAGCUCGGGUCCUGUUAUUGCCAUGGUCUGGGAGGGAGAAGGAGUGAUUAAAUAUGGGCGGAAACUCAUUGGAGCAACAGAUCCCCAGAAAUCAGAACCUGGAACUAUCAGAGGUGAUCUAGCCGUUGUUGUGGGAAGGAAUAUCAUCCAUGGAAGUGAUGGCCCAGAAACUGCCAAGGAUGAGAUUAACCUGUGGUUCAAACCAGAGGAAUUGGUCAGCUAUGCAAGCAAUGCUGAGAAAUGGAUCUAUGGAGUCAACUGACGAAAGAUGGCUUUCCCAUUUUGUUCAGGAACUUUAGGUCCCACAUGGGAAGAAUCAUAAUCAUAAUCAUUAGAAUAAAAUUGUUUUCAGUGAGGUGAGUCACAAUAUUGUUUCGCCACAAUCAACUGGCGUGAUUAAAAUUUAGCAAUAAUUUGUAUACCUCCUUUUCCUUAUCAUGGACCCUAAUCACAUAACUGUGUAACUAAUAAGUCCCAAGUUAAGUUCAUUAUUAUUUUAGACCAA